AUGGCAGCACAGCUGUUUCCCACGUCCCUCCCCCACAGUGACGACGAGGCGGCGGCGGCCAAAAAGAGCUUCAUCCAGAUCAAUGAGCCACAGCCCGUCACCGCCACCAACGACGUUACCGCUGGAGACGCACCACCUAAUGCCAACAACAACAACGGAGAUGAGAGAGAUGGCUGGGCAGUGACGCACCCAACGCUACGAGAGAGGAACGCUCUGAUGUUCAACAACGAGCAGAUGGCUGACGUCCACUUCAUAGUCGGACCUCCAGGAGAAACACAGAAAGUCCCCGCUCAUAAGUACGUCUUGGCUGUGGGGAGCUCGGUGUUCGGAGCCAUGUUCUAUGGGGAUCUGGCUGAGGGUCAGUCUGAGAUCCACAUACCUGAUGUGGAACCAGCUGCCUUUCUCAUCCUGUUGAAAUACAUGUAUAGUGAUGAGAUCGAGCUAGAGGCUGACACCGUGUUGGCGACGCUCUAUGCUGCUAAGAAGUACAUCGUCCCAGCUCUGGCGAAGGCCUGUGUGUCAUUUCUGGAGACGAGUUUGGAGGCAAAGAACGCCUGCGUCCUCCUGUCCCAGAGCCGCCUGUUUGAGGAGCCUGAGCUGACGACACGCUGCUGGGAGGUGAUUGAUGCCCAGGCCGAGCUCGCACUGCGCUCUGACGGUUUUUGCGAGAUCGACCUGCCCACGCUGGAGAUCAUCCUGCAGCGGGAGACAUUGAACAUUCGCGAGGCCGUCAUUUUCCAGGCAGUGUUGAGCUGGGCGGCGGCUGAGUGUCGGCGGCAGGGUAUGGCCGUGACGCCUCGGAACCAGAGGGCCGUGCUGGGGAAGGCUCUGUACCUGGUCCGGAUCCCCACCAUGACGCUGCAGGAGUUUGCUGAUGGUGUGGCACAGUCAGAUGUUCUGACACUCGACGAGACUCAUAAUGUCUUCCUGUGGUUUACGGCCACCGUCAAACCCAGACUGGAGUUCCCUCUGGGGAAACGGGCCGGCCUGGUGCCUCAGAAAUGCCACCGCUUCCAGUCCUCAGCAUACCGCAGUAACCAGUGGCGCUACAGGGGGCGUUGUGACAGCAUCCAGUUUGCCGUGGACCGGCGGAUCUUCAUGGCUGGACUAGGCCUGUAUGGGUCAAGCGGUGGGAAGGCCGAGUACAGCGUUCGGAUUGAACUGAAGCGGCAGGGGACUGUUCUAGCCCAGAACCUCACCAAGUUCUUGUCUGACGGCUCAAGCAGCACAUUCCCCGUGUGGUUUGAACACCCGGUCCAGGUGGAGCAGGACACCUUCUACACGGUCAGCGCGGUCCUGGAUGGGAACGAGCUCAGUUAUUUUGGACAGGAGGGCAUGACAGAGGUGCAGUGUGGGAGAGUAACAUUCCAGUUCCAGUGUUCAUCAGACAGUACCAAUGGGACCGGGGUGCAGGGAGGACAGAUACCGGAGCUGGUCUUCUACUGCUGAAUCAGGACCUGAUGGACUCAUGGAGCCAGAAGUGGUCAUAGUGACCUGGAAUGUGAUGCUGUUAGGUGAAUGUGAUUCCUGAACAUUAAUGUGGAACUAAACCCUCUGUUCUGUGAUGCACUGCUGGUUUGAACCUUCUGUGGGUUUAUUAACGUCUGUCGUCGAGUUUAAAUUUAUGUCAUCAGAUCAAUCAGUUGAUCAACAAUCAGUGGGAUCAGCUACACACCUGGAUUAUCAGUUAAAGAAACCUAAGACUGAAAUUGAAAAUAUAAUUUAUUGUCAGCUCAGCCUAAACCUGACAGAUUGUCGAUAAAAUCAACUUGGUUUUGGUUUUCCUCCAGUGUUAAUGGUUCGUGUUGUAGGAGAAUUAAAUGUCUGCACAAUAUGGGACCUUUAAUAAACUAUGCUUUUAUAAAUCAUA